AUGGGAGAUCAAGCUGACCUCCUCCGUCCGGAGCAUUUUCCACAGCGGGAGAAGAAGCGAUCGCCGCACAUCGAUAUUAGAGAAAACGAACUUACGACCGCGGACGUCGAGCAUGAAAAUAUCGACGAGUUGUUUGAAGUUCAAGAAACGGUUCGGCAUAUAAUCGAUAACGACUAUAAACAGGUGCUCAAACAACUACUCGGAGAUGGACGGAAUGCCUAUGUGCUCGCGGACACGACGUACGGGAGUUGCUGUGUAGAUGAAGUAGCUGCUGCUCACAUCGAUGCGGAUGUCGUGGUUCAUUAUGGACAUGCGUGUCUUAGCCCUACAUCUCGUCUGACUGUGAUAUAUGUAUUCGGAAAGCGGCCGAUUGAUAUUCAGGACUGCAUCAAUCAGAUUUCGCUCGCAAUUCAAACCCAGAUGGCUCACACUGACUCAACAAAAUCAUUAAUCCUCAAGCCGGACGUUUCAUACGCAUAUAGCAUGGAGAAAAUCAAAGAAGGACUUCAAAAGGAAUUUCCAGCACAGAAUAUUCGCUCCAGAAGUACCGACAAGAUAUCCAUAUCUCCGUUACCUUCUACGCCCCCAAUAAACCCGGUCAACGAGUCGACGGCGGUGUCCAAGGGUAUUCCAACGGAAGAGUCCUUGAUACUGUACAUUGGUGGCGAAAGUCUUGCUCUGACCAAUUUUUUGCUUACCCACAGUUCGAGUGAGGUGAUAUCAUAUGACCCCCAACGAGGUCGACACGUCGCGAAACUGAAGGCCAGGGAUGCAGAUGUGAUUGGUAUACUGGUUGGCACGCUCGGAGUGGCUUCCUACUUGCCCUUGAUGGCCCACUUGCGCCAGCUUUUAGCUAAAGCUCAGAAAAAGUGUUAUACUAUCAGUGUUGGGAAGCUCAACCCGGCGAAGCUCGCAAACUUCAUGGAAAUUGAAUGCUUUGUGUUGGUUGCGUGCCCCGAAAAUAGCGUAAUCGAAUCAAAAGAAUUUUACAGACCUAUCGUAACGCCCUUUGAACUCGAAAUUGCUCUAGGGGCCGAUCGUAGCUGGACAGGGGAGUAUAUACUGGAUUUCGACCAAUUCUAUCUAGCCGGAAACUGUACCGACGAACGAGACUCAGAUGAGGAUCCGGAUCGGCCAUCCUUUUCAUUGGUUACGGGAACCUAUCGACAUGCGAAACGUUACAUUGAUCCCAAAGAUGCUGUUGCAGGGGCUGAUUCUGGCGGACAAGCUGUUGCCUUGAGAAAUAACGAAAGCGCGUUGUCUCAAGCUAUCGCGACCGCAGGAAGUGAAUUCUUGCAUAGCCGGUCUUUCCAAGGACUGGAACAACGGCUUGGACAAGAUGAGCCAGCUGUCCUUGAGCAAGGUCGCAGCGGAAUUGCCAAGGGCUACGAGGAUGUAGAUCAUUCAUCUACCUCGUAA